AUGUUGACACUGCCUUUCGAGGAACCGCAUAUGAUGUGCGAGCCACGGUUUGGUGCCAAAUAUCCCCGUGAAAGCUUACCUGAGAGCCUGGAGCAGGAGCGCCAGCACAACCCGGACAGGUCCGACUCAGACAUGAGGGAGGCCGAGGACGACAUCUCCGACAGAGAGGAGGAGGAGAGAGAGGACGAUCAGGAUGACGAAGGACUUCCUAAAAAGCGUGGCCCCCGGAAAAAGAAGAGCAAGGAACACAUGGACAGGUCCAAAGUACGGCGUCAUGAAGCCAACGCCCGUGAACGCAGCCGGAUGCACGGCUUGAACGAUGCGCUGGAGAGCCUGCGUAAAGUUGUUCCGUGCUACUCAAAAACUCAAAAACUGUCCAAGAUUGAGACCCUCAGACUGGCAAAAAAUUACAUCUGGGCCCUGUCAGAAACUCUGAGCGCAGGGAAGAGACCGGACCUUCUCGCCUUCGUGCAGACUUUGUGCAAAGGAUUAUCCCAGCCCACCACAAACUUAGUGGCCGGUUGUUUGCAGCUGAACGCGAGAAAUUUCCUCACAGACCAGAACGGGGAGGUCAUGUUCUCUGGCAGAUCGCCAUACGAUGCAGUGUACCCGUACCCGGGCUCGGACGUGAACACGCCCCCCGGCCACAGCGGCGGCAGCUUGGACAGCAGCGCCAAGCCGUUCCGUCACUACAGCUACAGCGGUGCGUACGAGCCGUACUACGAGAACCCCUCCCCAGAGAGAGGGAGCCCGCAUUUCGACGGCCAGCUUAGCCCGCCGAUGAACUUUAAUGGGAUUUUCUCCCUAAAACACGAUGAACCGCCAGACUACAGCAAAAGCAGCCACUAUAGCAUGCGCUACUGCGGUGCGCCAGGACGCGCGGCUCUGGCGCACAAUUCCAUGUACAGAGUCUCCCCAGAGGCCCGUUUCCCCUACGAUCUGCAUGUCCGCAGCCAGUCCUUCCAAGCACAAGGGGAAGUUAAUGGCUCUUUCCACAAUUAA